AUGGAGCCCGCCACAGGCUGCACGAGCGGCGGCAAGGACAAGGGCGUCAAGUCCUCGGCGCACAACAAAACACCUGCCGCGGCGCCACUUAACGCCUUGGUCAAUGCCGUUGCUGGCGCUGCUGCGGCGUCUGAGACGUCACCCCACACGACCGCCGCGGCGCUGCGCAAGAAGAAAUUGACUGUGAGGAAGGUGCCGGCGGCCGCACUGACACGAAAGACGAAGGAGAGGUCCAGGGAAAGGUCGUUAAGCACCCCCGCUCCCACGCCCCCGCUGCCACGCUCACCGCGCUCCGCCAAACGGAAGAACGGGAAGUCUGCUGAAAGACCCGUGGGCGGCGAGGCGCAGCUGCUGCCAUCGGCGGCGGCCCAGGCACCCAAACCGGAGGUCGAUGCGGAUUCGGUAGAGAAACCACCGCAGCAAGAACCGGAGAAGCGGACGAAUGUAGUGGGCACGGGUGAGAAUGAUCUGCAGCAGCAGCGUGCGCUGCCACCAGAGGACAGCGACGACGGCAGCUGUGAUGCGGACGGUUUCGACAACGGCGCCUCGGCGCGUGUGGUGGUGCCGGUGACGUCGCUGGCUGGAAAGCGACAUACAAAGCUGAUCAUCGUGCCAGGGCCCGCGAACGGCUCUGGUGCCGCGGCACCUGCUAGCAGCGGGCUUGGCAACGGCCACCGCACCCGCGCGGCGGCCAGCAUCUCCAUGGGCAGCAGCGGCGGCAGUCACCAUCACGGAGACUGCACCUUGCGCUACCGCACAGACCUCGACAAGCAGGUGAUUCACUUCAUGUUCGAGCGCUACCAGCAUGAGCAGACGCAUCCGACGACCUCUGCAGCAGCGUCGUCACCGCUGUCGACCACCAACGCCGGCGCCGCCGAAGGGACGAGCGCGCGGGUGGAUGAGGCACCUCACACGAGCAGGGGCACCGGCGCUGCUGCGGCCACCUCCGCCUCCCAGGUGCGCGCGCGACGCAUCAACGUUGAGGAGAUCUGCGUUACUGCUAAUAACGAGGGCGAGGACAAGAACAUUGGCCUCGGGGAUUGGCAUUUCUUCUGGAUGCACGUAAGGCGCGUCCGCCACACGGUCUGCUCCAGCUCCUUCAGGUGGCAGGAGCAGCAGAUCAUCAACCACUUCCCCGAUCAUGCGGAGCUGACCCGAAAAGACCUCAUGUACAAGAACAUCAGGCGCUACUUGCGAGAGCACCAAGCGGACAACUACGCCCGGCUGACACUGCACACCGCCACCGAUUGGGUCUCCGCUUCGGCCCACGCCGCCGAUGCCGAGGGCGCAGCAGGCCCGUCCGCGUUCGCGUUCGCUGGCGGUGAGCGCAGGCCGCCGCUCUCUGUCAAGUCGUUCUGCUUUGCCGACAGCGUUCCGCUGACGUACAACAUUCCAAACGACAUGAGCAUGUUCAAGGAGAAGUUCCAGCGGCGCCGCGGCACGCAGUGGAUUGUGAAGCCGACGUCGCGGUCACAGGGCAAGGGUAUCUUCAUCAUCGACGACGUCCGCUCCCUGCAGCGGUGGAUGUCUGAGAAAAAAGAGUCGGAAAACAUGGCCUCCUUCCUGGCCACUAGCCCCUCUAACCGAGCUAGCUGGGUCGCGCCGUCGGUCCUGCAGCAACAGCGCGCCGCAGUUCCGAGCAGCAUAGAGUCAGCACCGGGUGCAGCGAGCGGCGGCAACGGAUGCUCGCUGGCGAGCCCAACCUCCCCUCACUUCAACGCCACCAGUGCAGUGACGUCUCAAACCGCAGUCGGCGCCGGUGGCAGCGGCGGUGGGUCGCUUGGCUCGUACAUUAUCAGCCGCUACAUCUCCAACCCGCUGCUGAUCGGUGGCAAGAAGUUUGACCUGCGCCUGUACGUUCUUGUCACAUCCUACAAGCCUCUCGUGGCGUACCUGCACGAAGACGGCUUUGCCCGAUUCUGCGCGACGCGAUACGCUGGCAGCAGCCUAUCCCAGGAGGACCUCGGCUCCCACCUAACGAACGUCGCCUUGCAGAAGGGCGACGAGCAUUACAACACCUUGCACGGUGGCAAGUGGUCUUUCCAGAACCUGUUCCUGUACGUGCAGAAGAGCUACGGCCCGUACACGGCGGAGGGCAUGGUGAAGAACAUUCAGUUUCUCAUCUACCACUCGCUCAAGGCGGUGGAGCCGGUAAUGUUCAACGACAAGCACUCGUACGAGCUCUACGGCUACGACAUCCUCAUCGACGACCACAUCAACCCCCACUUGAUCGAAGUAAACGCGUCGCCGUCCAUGUCGACGACGACGUUGUCGGACCGGCUGCUCAAGGAACAGGUGCUGACAGAUACCAUGAAGAUAGUCUUUCCUCCUGGAUACCCGGCGAGCAAUAAGGGGAUGCCGUACUGGGAGUACCGUCUUCGCACCGACCUGACGACGCGGCAGAAGACGGGCUUCAAGCUGUUGCAGUUCUAG